GGGAGAGACAAUUCUCCGCGGAAGUCCCUCCUCCUCUGAAAACCGGGCGGUGUCGGCGCCAACCGCUUUCCGGGCAGCGCGGGAAGCUCGGUUUGUGGUGGUUUCCUUUUGACCGCUGUCCCAUACUAUCCUUAGAGGCUUUAUAUCCCUGAGACGUUACAAUUUCAGGCCAUUCGAGGCAUUUGAGGCUAUUUAAGACGAAAUGGCUUCGGGCGAGAGAGGAGAAGGCGGUGGUAAUGGAGGUGCUGCUGCCACCUCAGGCUGCCGGUAGGGAGGGAGUCUGAGGAACCUCUUAGUCGUUGGAGCCUGAGCUUUUUUCCUUUGGCGGGUCCCUGCCUGCUGCUAAGAUGAGCUCUGCCUGCAUCACUUCUUUCGAGAAGGAGCAUCUCUGGAUGUAUCUGCGGGCACUCGGCUUCGACCCGGGCCCGGCGACCAUAGCCUGCGGAAAGAUCGUGUCUCACACGCACCUCGGAGUGAACAUGUUUGAUAGGCUGAACCGUGAUGCCUUUCAAAUAGUUUGUUAUUUUUUGUUUCAAACACUGGACCAGUCUCUCACCAAAGAAGUUUUCAAACAUUGUUGGCCUCCAUUUGACAAAAAAAGUGAUACUGAAUUCCGAAAACAUUGCUGUGAAUGGUUAAAAAAGAUUUCUGCUGAAUGUGGAAGUAGCUUUCCUCAAGUUGUUGGAUCAUUGUUUCUUUCUCCUGGUGGUCCUAAGUUUAUUCAUCUGAUGUAUCACUUUGCAAGAUUUGUUGCAAUAAAAUAUAUAGAAACUCAUUCUAAAAAUUCUUCUGUACAUUUUAUGGAGGCAUUUAAUGGAAAGCCACAAGAUUUGCACAGGUGCAUUGCCAGGUGCCAUGUAGCACGUAACAGAUUUUUACAGAUUUUGCAAAGAGAAGAUUGUGUUACUCGAAAAUAUCAGGAAAAUGCACAAUUGUCAGUUAAACAAGUACGAGAUUUAAGAUCAGAAUGUAUAGGACAGCAAAACCAAAUAAAAAAAAUGGAACCCUAUGAUGACCAAACUAAUAUACAAGAGAAAAUUCAAAAGGUUCAGUCUUUGUGGGCUUCAGUGAAUGAAACACUCAUGUUUUUGGAAGAAGAGAGAGAAGUUGUUAGUUCAGUCCUUAGUCUUGUUAACCAGUAUACUUUAGAUGGAACUAAUGUUGCUAUCAAUAUUCCAAGGCUCUUACUUGAGAAAAUUGAGAAACAAAUGUGUCAGUUGCACAUAGGAAAUGUUUAUGAGGCUGGAAAGUUGAACCUUUUAACAGUUAUUCAGUUAUUAAAUGAAGUCUUGAAAGUAAUGAAAUAUGAACAUUGUCAGGCUGACCAAGCAAGACUGACAAUAGACCUUCACUUCCUUGAAAAAGAGACCAAAUUUCAGAGAGAAAGAUUGUCAGAUCUGAAGCAUAUGAGGUAUAAAAUAAAGGAAGAUCUCACAACUAUAAGACAUUCUAUUGUUGAACAAGAAGGAGAAUGGCAUAAAAAGUGGAAAGAAUUUCUUGGUUUAUCUCCUUUCAGUCUAAUUAAAGGUUGGACUCCAGCUGUGGAUCUUUUACCACCUAUGUCUCCCCUUUCGUUUGAUCCUGCCUCAGAAGAAGUAUAUGCGAAGAGUAUUCUUUUGCAGUAUCCUGCUUCACUUCCAGAUACACCUAAGCAAUAUAAGCAGGAAAAUGAUUGCAGAAGAGCAAGUGAUGUACUGGGAACUAAGUGUGAUCUAGCCAAGAGCCCCACUUCUUUCCUGUUGCAGGCCAUUUCAUCAUCAGAUAGGAACAGUGUCACAUUACUUGAAAAGGACAUGAAAGUGAGAACUCCUAGAGAGAAAAAUGAAAUAAUUUCUAAGAAAAUAACAGAAUUUGAAACGGAAGAAUCUUCAUCAUUAAAUAUUGCAAAGAAUACAGAUGGUAGUGCAUUUGGAGGAUCUCUGCCAGCUGAAAAAAGUGAUCCAUUCCAAAAAGAGCAAGAUCAUCUGGUAGAAGAGGUUGCAAGGGCAGUUUUAUCUGAUUCACCACAGCCCUCUAAAGGAGAAGUGAAAUUAGAGGAACUAAUUGACUCUCUAGUUUCUAAUCCGUUCUUAACAAGGAACCAAAUUCCCCGAACUCCAGAAAACUUGAUAAGUGAAAUUAGAAGCUCAUGGAGAAAAGCUGUUGAAGUAGAAGAUACCAAAAGUACAGAACCAAUUCAAAUGGAUACUGAACAUAGAGAAGUACUGCCAGAAUCCUUUCCUGAGGUGCAUAAUCAAGGAGAAUUUAGCAUGGCCAGUUAUUUCUCAGCAACCACCAUGUCCAAUUCUAGCCAUUCUCAUUCUCCUGAAGAGAAAGUUAUUUCAGAUCGCCUUAAGUGUUUGCCUCAAAAACCUGUGGUAUCUAGUCACAGAGGCGAACCAACAACACAAAAUAUGUCAGAUUUGUUAAAUAAGGAAAUAAUUUGUAAGCAAGAUUUGGAGUGUACAGCUUUACAGAACAAGCUUUUAGAAACUAGCCAAAUAGGCACGUUCUCCCCCAUUGUAGGCAAUAGGAGAGAUGUGAUAGAUGACAGUGAAAAGGAGUGUAUUAAGAUAUCAGACCACUCGAAAGCUUCUUAUAAAGAUCUUUCAAUGCAUAAAAGUAUGUUAUGGAACUCUUUCCAAAUAUCCAGUGGAAUUAGUUCCAAUUUUAAAGUUAGUGAUUUUGGCAUAUUACAUGAAACUCUUCCAGAAGAUGAUGGUCACUUAAGUCUUAAUAGCUCCAGUAGUACAGAGGCCAGUUUUAAACUGGAACCAAAUAGUCCUAUGCACAGUGGCAUUUUCCCAGAAGAUGUUGUGGGAGAAAGACAAACUACUCCAGAAUUAGACUUCAAUUUACAGGCUAUUUGCAGUGGAUAUGAGGCUCUGAAAAAGACUCUGUCCAAGCAAAGGGAAGAAAUUUACCUCUCUAAUUCUGAAACACUUGAAAGACACGAACAAGAAUUGAGCCUCUCUCCCCAAAACAUGCAAGCAGAUGAUAUGCUUAACUUUUUGGGCACUCAUGAUUUGCACACAGACUAUACAAAACCAUCAUUACGCAUGUCCUUUGGUGAAAGAAAACAGUCUCUUUCACCACUAAUUAAGUUUUCUCCAGUGGAACAAAGAUUGAGGACCACAAUACCAUGUAGUCUUGGAGAACUUCUACCUAAUUUAACAGAAGAAGAAGUCUUGAAUAAGAGCCUUAAUGCAAGAGAAUCUCCAUUUGACUUGAAAAAAUGAAGCAGUAGCCAGUCAGCUCAACUAUGAUGCGUUGAAAUUGAAGCAGUGUCACAAGAUAAACUGAUUUGUAAAUUUAAGUAACACAUUGGAAGAAUAAUUUUUCAAGGUCUAAAAAAGUCUUAAAUAAUGCCUUUUAGCCUUCUCUGUCAUUUUUAUGUAAGAAGAGUAUGUUUGGAUUUUCUCUCUUUUUAUUGAUGUGGGAGUGAAAUAGUAUUUGGAAAACAAACAUCAAGUUGAUACUGGACCCAAGAUCACUCUGCUCACUUCAUAACAGACCAGUAAAUUUGGAGACGAGUUAUUGGGGCAAGGGACAAUGACUUUAAUCCAAAAGCCAGCGGAUGGAGAAGAUGGCAGACUAGUGUCUCAAAAAACCAAAUUGCUUCAGUUCGAAUUCAGGCUCCUUGUUUGGAGGAAGGGUCCACUAUAGUGCUUACCAGUGACUGAGCAGGACUACUAGAGGCUGUUCACUAAUGGUUGCUUGCUUAUAAAGUUAUGUGAAGCCAUUUUGAUUUCUUGAGUAAACUUCUAAACAUUCAGUAAAUGGCAAGGAGUAGUUUAACUUAUGUUCUAAUUUCAGUUAAUUAACAUAAGGCUGAGUAGUUUUUGAUGUAAUUUUAUUAAGUGGUUAACAUAAUAGCCAUUUAGUAUUCUGAUCUUUCUUUUUAGGGAAAUGUACAAACUUUAAUUGUUUCUUUAUGGAACAUUCUGGUACUGAAAAAUGUGAGAAAAGUAAUGCUUUGGGUUGUGUAGUUGAAAAUGACAAAGUUUAAUUUUGGGAAAGCUCUAAACAGGUGUAAUGAGUUUUAAGUAGGUUGAUCCUAAAGAAUGUUUGAUGGAAUAAAGUGCAUGUAGUGAUAGUGAAGACUGGGAUAGAAUGAAUUUAGAAAAAAGGAAGAAGAUGGAGGAUAACUAGACACUUUUUGAGGAACACUAUAAAUCCAUUCAGUGGGUUGUAUAGCAGUUUUAUAUUUAGUCUAAUUUAGACUUGAGAAUUUAAAUCUAGUUUUUAAAAUUGUAACAAAAAUGUAAAUUAAAAACUAGUCUGUUUUCUCUUGGGGGGUGAUUGAGGGACACUAUUUUUGAGCAAAGGAGUUUUUUUUUAAGACACUGUGUCAGGUUCUUAAGCCACCGAGCCACAGUGGGAACUCUGGAAAGGAGCUAAUUUUGUUUGUUACUUUCCUCCUCAAAAAUUGUCACUUCUCCACUGCCUAUGGAGUAGUUUCAAAUUAACUUGAGAAAACUGAAUUUGGGGUUAAAUAGCUUUUUCAUUGUCACACAGCUAGGUCAGUGGUGAAGCUAGGAUUUGACUCUAUUUCUUUCCUUAAUAUACCAAAAAGACCUCCCCAAAGUAACUAUAAGGCUAGGAUGUAGAUAUGGCUGCAGGAGUGAGCCUCCAGUUGACCUUUUAGACGCUGAAUGAGAGUGGGAUAUGAGGCCUUUCCUACAGUGUCCUGCCUCACUUAGUGAGGAUCCCUGGCUAAGAAAAGGGCUUUAGCAUCCAAGUGAAUACAUGCCAGGAAGAAUGAGCAUGCAGUGGAAGGGUGAUAGCACCUACAGCACCCUUGCAUCUAGUCCCAGCUCUCACAACUUUGUCCAUUUGCCAAGAAACUGGCAACAAGUGGAGAAGAGUUUAAAGGGGAGAGUUCUGCAAGUAGAUGAGCUUAAUAGUUCAUCUUUCUUUAGUCAUUUUGGGCUUACUUUAAGUUACUGAUUUAAUUCCAGUUUGAAGGUCAGACUUUUUUUUUUUUGUGAGAAAAGACAGAAGAAAAGCACAUGUAACUACCUUGUUUGCAGUGGAAAAGAAAGAGGAAGAGAAAAGCUUUUCUUAAGGUGCUGUAUUCUUUAUUAGGUAAUAGAACAAAUAUGGACUCUGCAAGUCUAGUGGGAAACUACUUUAAUCUGCCAUAAGAAAUCCAUUAUCCAGGAGUUCCUGUCAUGGCUCAGUGGUUAAUGAAUCCGACUAGGAACCAUGAGGUUGCGGGUUCAAUCCCGGGCCUUGCUCAGUGGGUUAAGGAUCCAGUGUUGCUGUGAGCUGUGGUGUGGGUUGCAGACGUGGCUUGGAUCCUGCGUUGCUGUGGCUCUGGCGUAGGCUGGUGGCUACAGCUCCGAUUCAAACCCUAGCCUGGGAACCUCCAUGUGCUGCAGGAGCGGCCCUAGAAAAUGGCAGAAAGACGAAAAAAAAGAAAGUAGAUUUUAUAGGUCUAAAAUGGGGAUUAGAAUUCUGCAUUUUAAUUAGGCUUCCCUGGUAAUUCCUAGGCUCAAUAAGGUUGUGAACCAAUGCUGGGAGAUACAGAUUCAUUCACAUUUAGCCCUAGGUAUCUUAAGAAAGCAACAUAGGCUGUCACUACUACUUCAGAGAUCUUACCUGAUAAAGAAGCUCAAGUUUACUAGUAAGUGUUGGCCCUGAAUUGCUGAGAAAUCAAAAGGUCAAAAUAUCUAUGAUUAUUACGGAUUUACAAAAUGAAAUUGCUGAGAGUUUUUGGCAUUCUUUCCUAUGCUUUGUAUGCCAGUAUUAUAAACAAAAGUGUCUUAAAUGUACCAUUUUCUUCUAAAUCAUUUUGAUUAUGACUAUCUUCAACCUCUUCCUUACCCAGUAUUGCCUGGUACCGGCCUUUUGAUGUUAAGGGACUGCUUUGAUCUAGUACUUUAAAAUUCCAGUAAUAGUUCAUUGGUAAUUCCACAAUUGAGGUCAGAUUUAAUCUAUGUUCCCUUCCAUAGAUUUUCCAUUCCCCCUUCCACUAUGCUCUCCCAUAUUUUACUGAAGUGCUUUGGUGAACAUGGAUCUUCAUAACUCUUUAAAUUUUUUUUUUUUUUUUUAAAUGUUUUGGUCUUUUUAGGGCCACACUUGCGGCAUACGGAGGUUCAGGCCACAGCCACACCAGAUCCAAGCCACGUCUGUGACCUACAGCACAGCUCACAGCAAUGCCGGAUCCUUAACACACCGAGCAAGGCCAGGGAUUGAACCUGCAUCCUCAUGGAUGCUAGAUUCAUUUCCCUGAGCCACGAUGUAAACUCCGGAUCUUUAUAAAUCUUAAUUCACAAAUUUGAAGCUGGAAUAUCUUACUUUCAUUUCCUAGCUUUAUCAUAAUUAUAGCCGUCCUUUACGGUCAGAACAAGUCUUUCACCUUGAAGUCUUAAUUUCUUUCCUUAUUCAUAGGCCUCUCCUUUUUCUGUAAUCUCCCAUGGUUUAUCUUAACUUUUAUUCACUUAGAAUUUUUCAUUUAUUGCUUUUAUCAUAUCUUUUCAUGGUUGCAUGUGGUUUCUCCAGUUAUAUUGACUAAAUACAUGGACAUAUAUAGCCAUGUAUAUGUGUGUGUGUGGGGUGUGUCCACACAUACAUAUACUCCAUAGAUCAUCCUUAGCAGAUAUUAUUCAAAUUGUUUUCUUUGCCUUCUCUGUGAUGGAAUUAAAGUAAUGGUAAAGAGGAAGGGCUACUUUAUUGCUUGUAAGAAUAUUUUUUUCUCAUUAUAUUCAUAGCAGAACAUACCUUGUUUUUUUCACUAUUCAUAAGAUGAAGGUGUGUAAAUGAGUUUUGUGUCAGUUUGAAACUUUAAGUAAUGCCAGUAUGUCCUAAUUGUUUUAAAUGUUUAAAGAGGACAAGCAUGUAUUGUUUAACAUAAAAAAUGUUAUCAAGUAGAAUAAAUAACAUUUGAUGUUAAAAUCAAUUGGAAUUUAAUUGAGAACAAAAAUACAAGCAUUUUGAAACUGUUCUCUACCUUGUGUUUAUCCAGGAAUUUUGGAGUCAAUUUUACUUAAUUCUUGAGACCUAUAUAAAAGGAAAAUAAUUUUUUUUCUACUCUGAGUAUUGCUAAAAUUAAAAUGUUUAAGGACGUUUUUCACAAUGUAAAGGAAGUAUUUGCUAAAGUAAAAUUCUCUUUCACAUUAAGUUACAGAAACAUGGCUGAUGUACCUUUCUCCUUAUGCACUGUGAAGGUCAAGUCUACAUCCUAAAUUAAAAAUAUUUGCGAGUC